AUUUGUUUUUGGUACUGUGUACUGUUUUUGUUUUUGUUUUUUUUCCUCAAGCGGACAACAAUCGUUGCCGUGCACGUGGAGCGGAAGAUGGAAUGCAGCGGAUUUUGGAUCGUGGUGUUGUUGGAGCUUCAUUUAGCAUCCUUGGCAAGGUGUUGGGAGAAAUGUUAAUCUGAACAAUUGGAACGAUCUUGUCGUAUCGUUUGGAACAUGGAAUAGUACUUUAAAAGGUGCAUUUGAGCAAUGUUGAACAGAUGUACUAGGAAGGUCAACGACGGUUGACCAACUCUAUGGAGAUGAUUUAGAUUUUGGUAUUGGGCAGGUGGUUUAUUAAAUAAUUCGUAUUUUUGUUACGUUUUGCUACUGUUAAUGAUAUUUGUUUGACGAAAACUAAAAUUUUUGGUGCACUUAUUCCUUGAAAUAAAGUUAAAAGAUCACUAUCAUAAAUUUUAAUACGAGCGAGUGAAAUAUUAAUCUUAUUAACGAAUUAGUUUUAAAUCCUCAUCAAUUUGCAUUUCACUGAAUGUUGAUCUUUUAGUAGGAAAAUAAUAAAUAUUGAAAUAGCAGACAAUAAAUACAGAGCCUUUUUUGUUAGAAAUACGCUCAUUUUAAUUCUUUAAAUAACGAUGAUUUGGAGUCAAAAGCAUUAAUAAAAAUUCAAAUCAUUAACUAACUAUUCAGGAAGUAAAAAAAUUGAAAAUUAGUGUUGGCCCACACAUUCAAGCUUCGUCCCAUAGUGCAGCGAGCCCCCCGGAUAAUCGGAAGAUCGCACACUGACGUCCGUACGUGCUGUCAAUCCCGCCAGAUCGUUGCACUGUGCAGAGUGACCAGAAAUACCGAUUUACCUGUAUUCCUACCGAUUUUUGAUAUGCCUACCGAUUCACAGAUGAGCCCCCUAAAACUACCGAUUUUUCAUUUAUCCUACCGAAAAUCACAGUUUUUUUCGUAAUACUAACCAAAAAGUCAUAUAACCAUUUCCCAAAUCACUUAAUGUAUAAAACUCUAUAUGGAAAUCACUAGCAACCUGAACCAGAAGAUCAACAGAGACAACUAAGGCCAUAAAUUCAUAAAGUGCUCCAUCGCAUGCGAUUAAAUCGCACGUGCUGUCAAACGCUUUUCGUAUCAUAUUGCGAUUAUUUGAAUGAUUUCAAUAAUAUAAUGAUUAUGAAAAAUUUAGUUGAGAUUGUUCCUACAAAAAAACCACACAUUGAGUUUGACAGAUAAAAUCGGAUGCAGCGUCCGACAAAAUCAAUAUUUUUGAUUCCGCUUGAUCCACAGAUAAGCUUCCAUCUCCAGCAACCCCCCCCCCCCCCCCCCUCUCAACACUUCAAAGCACACCGAAAACUAACGAAAAAUCUUAAACUCCUACCGAAAACUACCGAUAAAAUUUUGAUGCGCCUACCGAAAACCGCAAAAAUAAUCUGGCCACUCUGCCCGCCAGAUCGUUGCACUGUGUUGGUGUACCGAUUUGUUGUUUUGCAAUACAUUUUCACCCGUGGUUCGCAGCUGGCCGACGAUUUUUGUGGCCAAAAUUAGUUUCUUUGUAGCUUGCAGCUUGUCGGUGGCCGAGUGCAGAUUAGGGUUGUUGGUGGGCGCGCCCGCACAAACACCCUCACACUAACAGGGCGGAGGGCCACUGUUCACCUUCCUUGGUGCCACACCACCGUCGCAGCAACCGAGCGACAAAGGGAGGCUCGAGAGGUUUUCCGCGGCCCCUCUCUACAGGCGUCAUCGAACUAACGGGGGGCGGCCAGCACGAAAAAACGGCCGACAUUUGCAUUACGCAGUUUGGUAGAGUUAAUAAUCCAUUGCCCGGCAUCGUGCUCUCUCGUCCGGGUGUCGUUUCGGCAGAGGAUGUGUGCUAGUCGCUGCUAGACCGCUAAGAGCUAAGUGACCCAGAUCGAUACGGUCGGUGCAUCCAAUCCCUCCGUUGCACUCGUCUACUAUCUCGCUUCUUGCUAUAGUGUUUGUGUGCGUGUGUGCGGGUGUUUGCGCGAAACACACCGACGCGGGGAGCUCGCUCGGAUUCCCCUGGGUGGGCAGGAGGACAUGGAGGACGAGUUAGAAGAUAAGAUACUGUACCAAACGCUGUCCAAGUCGCACAUGAAGCUGCUCUCGAAGUUCGCCGUCGGCGUCACGCCGCUCAACAGCUCGCUCAGCUACGUCUGGAAAGUGAUGCGGGUGUACCUGCUGAAGCCGGAGGUGCUGAUCGCCGGCCUGCUAAUCUGUCUGUUCGUCCUGUACCUGCAAGCAGCGGAGGUAUGGAGCCGCGGGUUCAUCGGGCGCAUCAGCAACUCGCUCGGGCUCGGGAAGGCGGGCGGCCGGUCCGGCAAGCUGUCCAUGCUGGCAUCGGCCGCGGAGAAGCACAGCUGGGACGAGCGGACGACCGGCAGUGCGGUGUACGCGGUCCAAGGCCGCCGGGCCAAGAUGGAGGACAGAUUUGUGAUAAGUGAAAACAUCAACAGCAGCGGCAUUUCCCUGUUUGCCAUCUUCGACGGGCACGGCGGCGAGUACGCGGCCGAGUACGCGAAAACCGUGCUGAUAAAGAACAUCCACCAGAAGCUGAUGCAAUCGUCGGCCAUUGCGGACGGGAAGGAGCUGCCUGGCAGCCCGAACGCAGCCGUCUGUGCGGAGGACGACCGGAAGCAGAAGGAGGAGGAGAAGGAGGAGAAGGAGGACGAGCAGGAGCAGGAAGUAAACGAACGGUACAAGGUGAGCGCGCACAAUGGAAAUAAUGACCCGUCGGGUGCGGUCCAGCGGCGACAGAGCUUUCGCAAAUCCAAGACCGAGGACACGGUCGGAACGGGCAACAAUGGUGCAGCGAACGGUGGUGGUGGAGGAGCAGCAGCCAACAACAAUCAGAUGCUGGAGAACGAUUUGCUGAGCAAGUACAUGGGCAAUCAGUCGCCGGCCCGGCAGCAGGUGAAGAAGAACCUGCUGAACGGGACGUCGGGCGGUGGUGAGUCCGUGCCGGCCAAGCCGAAAACGUACGACGCCCGCUGCUACGUGCAGAAUGGCAGCAUCAACUUUGGCAAGAUCAUUACCGACGAGGUGCUGGCGGCCGAUUACGAUCUGGUGGAGGCGGCGAAGAAAAUGUCGGACUUUGCCGGUACGACCGCGCUGAUUGCGGUCAUACACCGCACCAAGCUGAUAGUGGCCAAUGUGGGCGAUUCGCGCGGCGUCAUGUGCGACUUCAAGGGUAACGCGAUCCCGCUGUCGUUCGACCACAAGCCGCAACAGGUGCGGGAGCAGAAGCGCAUCGCCGACGCCGGCGGCUUCAUCGCGUUCAAGGGCGUGUGGCGGGUGGCGGGCAUACUGGCGACGUCCCGCGCCCUCGGCGACUAUCCGCUGAAGGAGAAAAACCUGGUCAUUGCCAACCCGGACGUGCUUUCCUUCGAUUUGGUUGAUCACCGACCACAAUUUCUCAUUCUGGCCUCGGAUGGGCUGUGGGAUACGUUCACCAACGAGGAGGCGGUUGCGUACGUGCGCGAACGGUUGGACGAGCCGCACUUUGGCGCGAAAAGCAUCGCGCUGCAAUCGUACAGCCGUGGCUCGGUCGAUAACAUUACGGUGCUGGUGAUUGUGCUGAAGAACGGCCGGUACGAGAUCGGUUCCUCGAGCAACUGAACGGCCCGCUGGCUCGUUGGACAUUUCGGGGGCAAUCGUUUCUGUUGCGAAACAGCGAUCACCGCAAUGGUGAUCGCUCAUCAACUACCUAAUUGGCUGCUUUUUCUUAAUCUGUUAACCUUUCGUUUAUUGAUUACGCUUGUUUUUUUCGCUGACUUUUAUUGUUAGAUUUCCCACUGAUCGCGAAAAGGAGGCAGCUACCUCCGUUUUAUCGUUAACGUUCGUUUUAUGUUUAAAGAUCUCUAUGUUAUAACGCUUUGUUUUAAAACUGAUCGCAGCUCUACACUUUUAAUUCUCUUUUUCACAAAAGGCAUGCUACCCCACUCGAUGAUCACUAGUGUAAUGCAAGCUAGUAGCUCAAUGCCAAUUGCUUGAUCAAACUACUACUACCACUUCACCUUAUCUAGUGCUGCUCCGCCCAAAGAAAACGAAUGGUACCAAACUGGGUUUUGCUGAAUCACAGCGAACCGAUUAGGGAAGGCGAGCGAGUGAAAAAUACGUCGCGUGUAGGUUUAUUUUGUUUGAUUACGCUACGUAUUUGCUGUAAGGUUUGCUUUCUACUUUAAUAGAUUAGACAGUGAGGGGGGCAGCAGAGAAGCUGAACGGAACGGAAAGGGAAUUCGAUCUAAACAAAUCGAGCCGUAGUUAGUAGUACACAAUUGCAAUGGCAAUCCUCAAUUUACCAGCACCAUGUUUGUGUGUGUGAGUGAGUGUGAUUUGUUGUUUUCUUUGCCACUUUGUGCAGUUUAUUGAGGGCAUUUUUAAAAAUAUUUGUUCAACCAGAUACGUAAAAGGGACGCUAGUAGAAGACUUAAUUGGAAAUGCACUUCUCGUACUGCAAAAAAAAAACAAAAAGAUUUCGAGAUGGAAGGUAGAAGUGGGAAGAGUGAGCACGAGCGAAAGAUUUCGAAACCGAUUUUACUUAUUUUAAUGGCGCUCGAUUUUCGGUACAAAUUUAUAUUACUGACCCACAGACACACAUCACACGCAGGUGGAGGUGGACAAAAUCGCUAUACAAAUUACACGUUUGCUCAACAAAAGGGUAGGAACAAUUGGAACAAAUUAAUCUAAUACCAGAGAGUAGUUUUAGCGGGCAGCGAACAAACAGAGAGAAUGAGAGCGGAAUCUUGCUGGAUUUGUCCGAAGGGAAAUGUUACUCGAGCUUAUGCAUUCGGAUUUGGGAAUCGAUUCUUAUGAGACUUUUGGAAGGGAAGCGUAGGUCACAAGCCGGUGCUGAAAUAGCAGCAAAAAACCAGUUGGAACAGUAUCCGUUUCCGCUAGUUGGUGCCAAACGACGAGGGCAACAUGGACUAAACCAAGUAUCCUAAUUGAAGAUAUCUAACAACCGAUUGGGCAUCAAUCGUAGGUGCUAAAUUAAUAAUUUAAAGAUAAUUGUUAGGCAGCAAGUAAGCUUACGAUGCUUAACAGCAAUUGCACGGGAAUGUCUGUGUCCCGGAGACCAACCUACGCAAAGGCGAACGCACGAACGAACGAACUCUCACAGUGAUGGUGGAGGGUGUAAACCUCCAUUGGCGUGAAGCAUCUCCCGUGUUGGUGUCGUGCACAGUCCUGUGACUGUGCUGCACCCCUUUUUUCUCGACUCUACUCACAAUCAUUAAGUCUACUUUCCUAACUUGCCUUAACCGCUCCACUAUUAGACGAAGGAUAGACAACAACAAAAAAACAACAAAACUGUAGUAAAAUAGAGUAGAGUAUAAAGUUUUCGAUAAUAUGGGGGGGAAACACUCACACUCCCUUCACAGAGCAGAGAACAAAACGCUCUACCGGAGCAUUCUUUCGCUGGGUUUUGUAAUUGUACAUAUCACGCGGAGAGGGUGAGCGCCGGAAUGAAUAUUGAAUCUUUUUUUUAUUUCUGAAUAAAACCGUCACAAUAUAAAAUCCUUUCACAAAAAGGCUUACAAAAACUAAAAA